UGAUGGAAGGGGCUCGAUGAACUUCAAAUCUAGCAGAAGACAAAAAUGAUUUUUAGAGGUAUCACUUAUAGUGUGUUGUCAUCAGUAAAAAGUGCACUGUUGAGAGAAACGUACAGGAGUGGUGUUGUGAGGGGUAAAGCUGGUAGAGUCCACUAUUCCUUGUUACGACCCUGGGAGUGUGAGGUCAGUCCCCAGAGGGCUGUCCCUGACAGUGUUCCCAAGCCUAACUAUGCCAGCUCAGGCUACUCCGAGGAACCUAGGACAGAUAUAGAGAUUAAGACUAGUGAACAGAUUGAAACCUUGAGGACAUCUUGCUCAUUGGCAAGGCACAUUUUAACCAUCGCUGGUGAAGCUGUGAAGGUGGGUGUGACCACAGACGAGAUAGAUGAACUUGUCCAUGACCUAUGUAUCUCACACAAGGCCUAUCCGUCCCCUCUGAACUACCACGGCUUCCCUAAGUCUGUCUGUACCUCUGUGAACAAUGUGGCUUGUCAUGGCAUACCAGACAGCAGACGACUGGAAGACGGAGACAUCAUCAACAUUGAUGUUACAGUGUUUUACAAUGGCUACCAUGGCGACUGUUCUGAAACUUUCUGUGUGGGUAAUGUAGAUGAGGGAGGAAGACGAUUGGUUAAUAUUGCCCGGAAAUGUAGAGAUGAAGCCAUUUCUGUAUGUAAGGAUGGUGCCCGAUUUUCUGACAUUGGAUGCAAAAUCAGUGAAAUUGCUGAGACUCGGGGCUUUACUGUGAUGUCCAUGUUCUGUGGUCAUGGUAUAGGCCAGUACUUCCAUGGCCCUCCUGACAUCAUUCAUGUAGCUCAUGAGGACAGUGCAGUGAUGAAGGAAGGAAUGACCUUUACUGUGGAGCCUGUGAUUUCAGCUGGUGGAGGGAAAAUCUGUAUCCUAGAGGAUGGAUGGACUGCCAUGUCUGUAGAUCAGAGUCGAUCAGCUCAGUUUGAGCAUACCAUAUUGAUCACCAAGGAUGGCUCAGAAAUCCUGACUGCUUAGUUUGAUCAGAGGUAAUGAGCGCUCCACGACUCAUGCAUACUUUUGUAAAUCAACUGAGCUCCAGAACUGAUGAACUCACUUUUCACGUAAUAUCCAUCUCAUCACAAACCUGAGCCUACUAGGUGAUCAUUUGAGUGUGAGAAUCUUAUAUUGACGACGAAGGAGGAUUUUGAAAGCUAUGAUGUCUCAGGAGCAGGAUUGAUAAUCUUGGGUAGAGCCUAUCUGUUUGAGCAAAGUUGUGGCUCUGGAAUCCUGAUAUCAUCAAUAUAAGCUGUGUACGCAGUGUCGUGUGGACAUACCAUCCUCAAUACCAGAGCAAAGUCUAAAGCCUUUUACACGGACCAUCCAAUAUGCUAGUCAGUGAGUGUUAAGUGUGCUGAAUGAAUGACUUGUUGUUUGACAUUUUUGAUGUGUGACGGUCUAGAGGUGUGUAUAUAUGUGUGGACAAGUCUUUUUUUUAUCAAAACAGUUGUUGAUGAUUUUGAGAUUACAUAUACAUGAUAUGUACAUAAGCAUUUUUGAUUGUUUUCUUAAUUGAACCUAAUGUAACUUAACUUAUCUUGUGCUUAUUUGUUCAACUGUUAUAUUUAGGGUUGUUCUUUAUUGUACUUACUGAUGUUUUGUGAGUUCCAACUACUCUACUUGAAGAAAUCCGUUACUAGGCUAAAUGAAUGUGCUCUUCUCGCUGAAAGUCACUUCUCUAUUGGAUUUUCAGCAGAUGAUUUAUUUUUUGUGACCACCUUCUUGUUAAAGCUGUCUGCAGUUCAUUUGUAUAGCCAAGUGGUUA